CAUAACACCCAAAUAAACAAAAAUCAAUUGUCAAUAAAUUUCAAGUGAAAAUUAUUCAAAGUUCAUCUAGCCAAAAUGGCCCUCAAAUCAUCAAAAAUCACCAGUGAAGUAUUACAAACAUGCAACAGACUCGUAUCAAGCAACGUAGACGCCACACUGAAAACCAUCAAGAUUCCAGCAACAAUCGAAGCCCAAAAGCACCGAGAGGAAGCAUCUCUAGCGGCCACGUCACGGUUCCGUUACCGGAUUGCCAACACCGAAAAACCAGUCCUGCCGGAUAUUAAUAUGAGAGAUGGGCAAGAUAUUACCCAAUUCUUCGCUCAUCUACAACCAGGUGCAACCCCUGAAUUCGGAUUUUAUGGCAAGCCACCAAAAUGGGUAGAAAAACCAGUUGACAACAGUCCCUUUCCAGCAACGAUUCAAGGGAAACCCAAAAUUAUUAGAGCCUAUACCGACCAACAAAAAGCUGAAGACAAGAUGCUGAAAUACAAGUUGACGUAUCUGCAGUCACUAAACAGAAAUUAUUCUACGGGUCAUCAUUACCGUUACUACAGUAAAGAGCCAGCCAAUAAUAGCGGUUCAGGAAAUUGUAAGAAAACCAUAAGCAAAUGUGUUAAAGUAAAACCAAAAAAACCUUGCAAAAUGUCAGACCGGAAGGCCUGCCCGCGUUUGAAAUUAAACGAUUGCAAUCAAUCUCCAGGCUCAAAUUGUAAACUCAACUAUCUGGAUCCGAAUUGCGUAAAAAAAUUCGCUCCUUAUCCUUCCUAUAGUGAAGCGUGCGCUGAAAACCUUCCAGAAGAUCCUUCAGAAUGUCACCAAUGUCCAUGGAGAACGUGCGACGAUGCUGAUACCAUUGAACCAGGAAAACCUGUGAGGAACAAACGUAACUACAGUACUUCAUGUUCCCGACAUUUGGAUGCUCCGGCUGGAGUCGCCUUACCAACUUUCAAUGGCGAAAUAACUGAUUAUUUGGUGAAAGGUAAAGAUGGUAGAUGUGGACAAGUGAAAAAACCUUGCAAACAACCCAAAGGACCUUGUGAAAUAAGACGGGACAAGGAGGCAUUAGAGAAGCACGAAAGGGAGAAGUUGUAUAAACCUGAUAAGAAGAAAGCUGAAGGACUGGUGCUGAUUAGUGACAAAGAAUUUAUCUUAGAUGCACAAUUUGAUUCGACUGAUGUAAAUCCGUCAGUCUUGGAAACUGAAGGCUCUUGGAUAGACAUAGUUGGAACAGGAAUGUCUUUGGACGGUAAAACUGGAGGCAAAAAACCUAAACCACCUAAUUGUCCUAAACAUAAGAAACCCAAGCGACCUGAUAUCGAUAGUGCCAUAGAGAUAAAACGACGCUGUGACCCAAAUGAUAAAAAUCGAAAAAACCGUGACGAUCCAAAUUUUUAUUAAAUCAAAUAUACGAUGGACGAUCAAUGCAUGGAAUAUGGGGAAGCGGAUUGGUGGAGUGGUAGGGGUAAAAAGUCUGUAAUACAUUGGAAAGAUGUACGAAUACUCAAUUUAAUGUAGGACUUAGUUAUAAUGAAACAUCUGUUUAGGAUUCAGUUCCGCCGGGGCAAUGCCGCAAAGAAAGUAAUCAUCCCAAUAUAAAGAUAAGAAGUGUAAAGGACAUGACUACGAAGACAUGGACAAAAAAAAGUAAAGUGAAAGAUAAAGUAAACAAUAAGACCACACCAUUUCGGUACCGAAACAGAAAAAGAGGCUCUUGAAUUCCUUUAUAUAUAUAUGUUUUGUUUUUUAGAUAAUUGGAAUAAAAUAAAUAAAAACAGUAAGUAAUUA